AUGGAGGAGGGAAACACACACGUGGACUCGAACGGCAAGCAGGUCUGCGAAAUGCACACAGGGAAAGAAACUCAAAAGAACAAGAAGAUAUUCUACAUUGUGCAAGAGGUACCGUAUGCAGAUUUUUACAACUUCGAUUAUGAGCCAAUUGAUAAAUUUAGGCAGUCAGGGGAAAGGCAGUGCAUCGACGGGGAUACAACAUCCUCCUCAUCAUCAUCAUCUUCAUCAUCAUGUGCUGAGCUUGGUGAUGGUAAGACGGGAAAGACGACCCAUGAGAGUCGUUCUCGCGCGGACCAUCGACAGAGAAAUAAUGGAGAAGACGAAGGAGAGAAUAAUCAAUGUGUAAAUUACUACAAGGGAGGGGAGAACCCCAAUGAAGAACCAUUAAGGAACGAAUCUAGUGAAGAAUAUACCUUCGCAAAUAAACCGGGUAACAGGCAAACCCAUCCGAAGAGAAGCCAAAAGGUACGAAGGAAAAAUGAAUUCCUGAAGCAGUGCGAAUUUAGCAGCGAUGGAAGUUGCUACUAUGCCAUUUCGAACAGCAACAAUUUAAGACUCUUCGCCACGGACUUGCUACUAUUAAAUGAGUUAGGUAACAGUAAUGGUAAUGGUGCAGGGGGGAAUGUAAACUUAAUGGCACUGUACGAUAAGUACGAACAGAUGGAUAGUGAGGAGAAGGAGAAAAGGAUUCAAAGCUGGAUCUGCCUACAGUUGGGUGAACACAUUUACGAUUGUAAGUUUUACCCGUUCUUCGAUUGGAACAACAGUAAUACAUGUUUCUUUGCAGUGUGUUCGAAGGGCCAACCUGUAUGUCUGCACAGCGCGUAUGAUGGGUCCUCUAUUAUGUCCUUCAAAACGGUGGAUGAGUGCCACGAGCUGUGUAGUUGCUAUUCGUUGUGUUUCCAUCCCGAGAGGAACUGGCUUCUCUGUGGAACCAACGCCAAGUCUAUUAAGGUGUUCGAUUUUGAGAAGCCAAAUGAAGUGUAUGAGAAUCGUAUCCUAAGCACAAGAAAAGGGAAAGGACAAAAGGGCAUCAUUUCUACCAUGACGUAUAAAAAAAAAGGGUACGGGGAGAAUGUAGUCUACGCCGUUGGAGAUUACAAUGAUUGCAUAUACCUUUAUGCAGACAACUGUGAUCAUAAAAAUGACUUUAUUUUAAAAUUUCAAAAAAGUAGAAAAAACUCCAAUGGAAUAACAUGUAUAAAAUGGCUAGAUGAAUUUUCUCUCCUAAGUGGAAGUCGUAAUGGGUCAUUUAUCUACCGUUAUGACAUGAGAAAGGGUACAGACUACGUCCAAAAAUGGGAAAGGUUUGCCUUAACGAAUCAGAAGUACUUGUUUGACGUGUAUCGAGAUUCCCUCCUCAUCAGUGGAGACACCUUUGGCUAUUUAAACGUCUACCACUUGACAGACAACAAACUCAUUUAUAGGGAACAAAUUAAUAAGUACUCUCCCAUUAUUUCUGUGGAUGUGCAUCCUACGUAUCCUCUCCUUUUAACCGGAUCGGGUACCAGACGCUUUUACGAAAAUAACAGCAACAAGGUUGACAUCAUGGCGAAUAUUCUUAGUGGCAGAAUUGAUACGUCCGACCAGCAUAUGAUGGAUGGUGAAUCUUCUUCGAUUCCCUUUCCAAGUGUGUCGCGGUAUAUAAACAGCGCCUGCACAGUUUGGUGCGAUUUUGCCCACUAA